CUCAAUGACGUGGGCUUGUCAGAAAUAGUAGUGAGAAAAAAAUUAAAGAAAACACAAGAAAAGAAAUCUGCCGACUGUCAGUGGAAAAUUUAAUUUUUACGAAAAAAAAUUAGAAUUUUUAAGAAAAAUUCUUAUAAUUUUUAGUUUAGUAGACAAUCUUCUUAGCAGCGGCAGCAGCGAAAAAAAAAUUAAAGAACAUGAAUUAUAGAAAAAAAUGAAAUAAUUAAAGUACGAAAGUCAUAUUAAAAAAAAGACGACGAUAACACAAGAUAAUAGAAGAAGAGGAGUAAAGAAAAAGUGACGUGUGAUUUUCUUUUUUUUUAUUAGUUUUUAGUUUUCAAUAAUUUUUGUAAUAAAUUCCUUAAAAAAAAAACAAAACACCCUUUAUUGGGGUUAAAAAACAACAACAACAACAACAUUAACUAGUUACUAGAAAUUUUGUAAUUAGAAAAUAAAAAACAGUAUAGACAAGGAGGCUACAACAACAAUAAAAAGAAAUUUAAGUGGCAGAGAAGGAAGGUCGUAAUCAUAAGUAAAUAUGAUGAAUGAAGAUACGACGGCGUCAACGUCAUCCAGUGGCGGAGUGAAAAAGUUUUUUCUACGUAUAUCACAAAUUUAUCAAUCUGCCUUGGAUCGUUCUACACCCCAUACAAAAGCACGUUGGAUUGGUGCUGCCGUCUUAGUUUUAAUCUUCCUGCUACGUAUAUUUUUAAAUCAGGGCUGGUAUAUUGUUUGCUAUGCUCUCGGUAUUUAUCAUUUAAAUUUAUUUAUUGCAUUUUUAACACCUAAAAUCGAUCCUGAAUUUGAUCCAUAUGCCAAUGAAGAUGAUGGUCCAAAUUUACCAACCCGAAGCAAUGAAGAAUUUCGGCCGUUUAUACGACGUUUGCCAGAAUUUAAAUUCUGGUUAAGCAUUACAAAAAGUACAUUAAUUGCAGUCAUAUGUACAUUCUUUGAAUGCUUUAAUAUACCAGUAUUUUGGCCCAUACUGGUUAUGUACUUUAUAACCUUAUUCUGUAUAACAAUGAAGAGACAAAUAAAGCAUAUGAUUAAAUAUAAAUAUUUGCCUUUCACCCGCAAUAAGCCACGUUAUCAACGUGUGCCUGAGCCAACAGCGGCAGCAACAAAGUGACAAUUAGCCGCACAGACAUUGCCAGCAACUACAAGCGAUAAAAUAGAGGAAAGUACCACCAUCAGCAAUGACACAACAAAAUCCUUGGGUUCAGCUACAACAUUAUUAACCUCCUCCUCAUCCUCAGCAAUAGCAACAAACACUACAAGAGCAGCAGCAGCAUCAACAGUAACUAAUGUAGCAAAACCACCGCAAAUUAUAAUGAUUGAUGAAUGAUUGAAUGUAAUAAUAAAUUCAUAAAAGAAAGUACACAAAAGAACAAACAACAAAAAAAAAAAAA